AUGCCUGACCAAGGCUGGACAUUUCUCAUCAACGGAGGCCCCGGGCCGCACCAGGGACGUGGCCGGCCGAGGUCCUCCAACUGGUCGACAAGCACCUUGACCCUGUUCAAAUCACCUUCGGGCCCCUCCGAUUCUCGUACUUUCCCGCCCUACUCUCCAAAAACAAUUCAAUCCUAUCGUCUAUUGUUUGACUGCCUGACAUGGUCCGGUGAUGCAGCUGUUGUGAGUUCCCGCGAGGACAUUGCUGCAAAGUUCUCCGGCUCGUUACUCAGAAUUCUGCAUCCUGUUAUCCUGGACUUCUGCCGGUGCUCUAUCGCAUCUCACCUUGCACGCCUGCAGCCCCAGCAACAGAGCCACUUUCAGGGAAUGGCAAGGCGUCUCUCCUCUUCAGGCAUUCGUGGUCUGGUUGCAAUGCUGCCUUCUGUUGACGUGCACAACUGCCAGGCAGUCUUUGCCGCAGCUGUGCUCGUUUCCAUCACUACACUGGCAUAUGGGCCGCAGCCAGGGGAAUACCUUCUUUUCUGUAACAGCGGCUUUCCUUUGUGGCUUGGUCUCUUCCAGGGCAUCAAAUCUAUCCUCGGCGAGGUAGGGGUCAGCCAGGUAUUCUCUGGGCCAUUGGCAGGCUUCUUAUGUCGACCAGAGCAAGUCGAUAAGCCAUAUGCAUCAAGAGAGCACCUGCGAUACGUGGACUGGGUAGACCAAUUCAAUCAUCUACGAACAUACGUAGAAACUAGCGAUGUCCUCUAUCGUACGGAAAAUUUGGAGGCCCUUGGAAGCUUGCAACUGUGCUACGAGGCUAUUUGGGGCAGGCCAGACGGAACAUGUAAUGGCCACACCAAAAACCAAAUGGUCUUCAUAUGGGUAUACUAUUUGCGAAAGGACUUUGUUCGGCGCUUGCAGGAGAAGAUGACUAUUCCUCUUCUGAUCUUCGCUUAUUUCACUGUUCCAAUGAAGACGCUGGGAACUUUCUGGUUCAUCUCUGGUUGGCCGGACCAUAUUCUUUCGGGAGUCCGGGCUGCGAUUGAUGAAGCUCAUCAUUCAUGGUUGCAAUGGCCAUUGCAAGUCCUAAAGGAUAUGGGAUAG